AGUACGUAAUUUCUUAGCAAAGGUAAUGGCCCAAGCCCAAGCCCAAGCCCAAGCCCAAGCCCAAGAACACGACAAACAAGGGGGUCUCCUUGUGAAGCAAGUGUUUGUACAACAUGGGCCUUAUGGUUCUAAGGUGCCUCGCAACUACAACUGGCAACUUUUUCAUGGGGAUCGUAUCAGUGAAGUAAUAAUAAAUCAUGGAAAUAUUGUUAAUGGAAUUGGGUUCAACAUAACUAGACCAGAUGGAGGCAGUUAUGUUCCCAAAUUCGGUGGAAAUGGUGGACUACAAUCUAUUAUCAAAUUGAAAGAAAAUGAAUAUCCAAUUGGCUUUAGUGGGAUACAUGGAUACUAUUCAAAUAGCAAUGAAGUUGUUAUUGGCCAAAUUAAGGUACACACCAACUUAUACAUUGAAGGAUAUGGGCCGUAUGGAUUUGGUAUGGAUCUUAUACAUGUAGCGCAAUUUGAAACAUUCCAACAAUCGUUGCCCCUACACCCUAUGCACUGGUUCCCCCUCCUUCAGCUCCAUGGGCGAUUGACGCACGGAUCGUCCCGUACCUUCAGCUUGCGAGAUUGCAUGACUUCCACCUGA